AUGAAGUACUGUGGCGUCGUUUAUGAUGUUGGACUGGAGUUCGGGGGCCAUGGAUUUUCAGUCGAACCCUUUGAUCCCGCUCUGGUUGAGUACGACAUGCGUACCAUCGCCAACGACAUGCACGCUAAUGCUGUGCGGAUCGAGGGGGAGGAGAUCCAUCGAUUAACAACUGCUGCACGGGCUGCUCAUUCGAUGGGACUCACGGUUUUUUUAAACCCAUGGAAGAUGAACGAAGGCGUCGACGGGACGUGCAUCUAUUUGGAAGAGGCCGCGAAGGCGGCGGAACGACUGCGGAACGAGGGUGUCGAUGUGGUUUUUGUUGCCAGCUGCGAGUACACAAUUUUCAGCAAAGGGGUCUUGCCUGGCGAAUCGUUUAAUGAGCGUGCAAUGUGGCUCGGUGCUCAAUAUCCUGACGGCCAUAUGUCGGAAGAUGUUCCCCAAGCCCUACGUGAGAAGUCCGUGGAAUUAAACAAGGUCUUGCGGUCCUUUGCUAAGGUGAUUCGUGCUGAGUUUAAUGGGUCGCUGACAUACUCGGCUGGCACCUGGGAACUUGUGGAUUGGGACAUCUUUGACAUCGUUGGCGUCGACUACUACCGUCGAGGAGAGACCAAAGAGCAAUAUGUUGCAGGCCUUGAGCGUCACAGGUUCGGUAAGCCUCUCGUCGUUAUGGAGGUUGGUUGCUGUGCCUACGAGGGAGCGUCUGACCGCGGCGACGGCGGCUUCUUACUUCUAAAGAGCACAAAUCCAGACGGCAGCGGCGUUUUCGAAGGCGGCGUCAUCCCAACCCGGAGCGAGACGGAGCAGGCCAAGUAUCUAAACACACAGCUCAGUCUCCUCGCCACUGCGGACGUUCACGCGGUCUUCGUCUAUGUGUUUUCAUUCCCAUGUAUGCGAAGAGGGGAAGGCGCAAGCGACCUUGACAUGAUGUGUUUUUCAUUGGUCAAAUACUGCCCAGAACGGGACGCGAGGGCGAAUGCUAUGCCUCCGUGGUCACCUAAGGAAUCAUUCCACCAGGUCGCUGACUUCUUCCGGUACAUGCUGCAGCCGCAGCUUCAGUGUCCUACUACACCUGGACAGGAUUAG